ACGUCAUGGAAAGCCAGUCUUUUCAAUGCAAACUUCAACUCCUCCUCCUCCCUCUAAUGCCUGUAACUCACAGCCAAGGCUGGGCGAGGAAUACGGAGGAGAGAUUUUCCUCAUGCUCACGGUGCCUGGAGACUGGAAGGAAGAGUGUAAGGAAGGAGGAAGGAAAUUUGUGGCGCUUUCUACCUACUACGAGACUGACAAGGGGAGGGGGAGCCUACGUUACAUCUUCUCUUCGUGAUUAAGAACUGCAGUUUCAGUCCGAUCCCACGGAGCUCUGGUGAUUGCUUAUCAAAAAAAAAAAAAAUUGACCGCGGGAGAAGGAAGGCUCACUCAGUCUUUGGCGGCCAGACACAUCUCGGAGGUGGUAUUGGUGUAUGAGUGUGUGUGGUGGUGUUUUUUUUUUUUCCUUCUUUCUUUUUUCCUUUCUUCCUUUUUUUUUUUUCCUUUUCCCCCGUUUUUUCCCUUCUCUCCUAGGGGCUACACAAUGGCAGUCUUCUCUCGCUAAAAUGAAUCCGGCUUGCCUUCUGCAGAUCCGCCCAUCCUCAGUUCCAUUGAGUAAAAGGCUAUGAUUUUCUCUUUGGGGAUCUUUUGUGUAUUACUGUUCUUCCUGAUUAGUUCUGAUCUCGGUUGGGAUUUCUUUGCUUUUUUUGGUUUGGCUUCAUGUGAAAAAGGAUUUUUUUCUCUCCAAUCCUUUGGUCAUGAUCCAGUGCUGAUCAAGAGGGGAUAAAUCAUUCACCCUGGCCGAGAAAAAACAAUCGCUGAGAAGUCUCAAAGAGAUAUACCACGUGAGGGGAAAAAACUGGGAGAAGAUCUGGAAUAUUAACGUUUUUCCUAUGGUAAAACCGGUGCCCCUCUUCAGGAGAACUGAUUUCAAGUUAUUAUUAUGCAACCACAAGGGCCUCUUCUUUCUCAGGGUGUCUAAGCUGCUGGGUUGCUUUUCGCCCAAAUCAAUGUGGUUUCUUUGGAACAUUUUCAGCAAAGGAACGCAUAUGCUGCAGUGUCUUUGUGGCAAGAGUCUUAAGAAAAACAAGAACACAACUGAUCCCCAGCUCAAGGGCAUAGUGACCAGGUUAUAUUGCAGGCAAGGGUACUACUUGCAGAUGCACCCUGAUGGAGCUCUCGAUGGAACCAAGGAUGACAGCACCAAUUCCACAUUGUUCAACCUCAUCCCAGUGGGACUGCGUGUUGUUGCCAUCCAGGGAGUGAAGACAGGGUUGUACAUAGCCAUGAAUGGAGAAGGUUACCUCUACCCAUCAGAACUUUUUACCCCUGAAUGCAAGUUUAAAGAGUCUGUUUUUGAAAACUAUUAUGUAAUCUACUCAUCCAUGCUGUACAGGCAACAGGAGUCUGGCAGAGCCUGGUUUUUGGGAUUAAAUAAGGAAGGGCAAGUUAUGAAAGGAAACAGAGUAAAGAAAACCAAACCAGCAGCUCAUUUUCUACCCAAGCCAUUGGAAGUUGCCAUGUACCGAGAACCAUCUUUGCAUGAUGUUGGAGAAACAGUUCCGAAAGCUGGGGUGACGCCAAGCAAAAGUACAAGUGCAUCUGCAAUAAUGAAUGGAGGCAAACCAGUCAACAAGUGCAAGACCACAUAGCCAGAUCCUCAGGUGUCCUGACUUACUUGUCCAGAGCACAGUGGAGCGAUUUAUCCUUACUAGACAUUCCUGCUCCUGUGGCUGAAGAACCUCAGCAAGCAAGCUGAUGCUUGUUCUAUGCUGUUUCAGACCUCCUUCGUUGCAAGUGGAUAAAUCUCAACCUGUGGUCCCCCCCCCCACACACACCAAGAAGACACCUGGACAAACCAGCUAAACUCAGACCAUGGAAUGCCCUACCAGAUAUGGAAUGCCUUUUUAAUAUCUUUUCUGUGACUGUGACACUUCAUGUGAAUGGCAUACUUCACAAGUACACUCAAUACAUUGCCUGCUGACAGCUACCCAUAAUCCUUUUUGAGUCCUGUUUCAGCGAAAUCCAUGUGUUUAAGUUCAAUUUUGUAGCACACAAAUAAUAUUGAGUAAUUUCUAGUUAGACGCUGUAAACCUGUGCUAUCAUGGAUUUCUCUUCUUCCCAUUUCUACAGGGUUGCUCGCUCCACUGUCUGUGACUUAGCAGGAUUGUGUUCCUCUGAAUCUUCGGUGUUGUGGUUGGUUUAGUUUGAAGAACAAUCAGGGAAUCAGGAAGCCUUCUAAAUCUAUUACUACAAAUCAUAUCUAUAAAGAUUAAGGUUGUUGUCUUUGGCUCGCAUUACAGAAUAAACAAACACAUAUAUGCUCUGUUCAGAAGGAAACGCUAUGCUCCCGAGGCCGGCAUGGCCUGGGUGGACCAAGGGUCAAACACAAUCCAUGGGAAGCUCUCUAUGAUAGGUGUUUGGCAUCCCCUCUAAGUUUGUGUGUGUGUGUGUGUGUGUGUGUGUGUGUGUGUGUGUGUGUGUGUGUGUGUGUUUUAUACAUAUCACAAGCUUACUGGUAAUGGUAACAUUUGCCUUGCCCAGCGAGCAAGACCCACUUGGUUUUUGAGAAAGUGGGUCCAAAGAAUUCUGUAGGCCUUGUAGGCCUGAUUAAGGUUCAUUUUUUUCAUCUAUUAAUCCUCAUUAUUGGGAAAAAAAGGAAAAAUAAAAAACAAAUCAUUACAACAUAUAAGAAAUAUGCUACCUAAUUCCAUUUCCGACCCACUCCUUCCUGUUUUUAAUAAAGAUAACUCAAUGCCACCCUGAUUUGGGCUGCAUUCCAGUUACCCUCAGCAGAGCAUGGGCAAGGUGGCUGUUGUGUUCUUUCCUGCAACAGCAAUGCACACAGUAGUAUAAAUUAGACUUUAAUGUUUUUGGUGUUUAAUGACAAGUUUUUAAAAUGAACAUAUUAGGUAAAAUUCUUUCUUUUUUUUUUUCUUUCUAACUCAGCAUGCUGGGUCUGGUACUGUGUGUCACCAGUAAACACCUCUAACUCAAGUCUUUGGGACCCGACAGGCUGGGUUUGAGGUGACUUCCUAAGAUAUCAGAAUGUGCUGUGUUGAGUACCCUAGAUAAAACUAAAGAGAAACCAAUACACUCCAGCAUUAGGGGCUUGGGCCAUUGAAUUUAUUUGAUUCUGUUUAAUUUUGCUUUUGUAACUUUAUUUUGAAUUGGAUUCUGUUGAACUUCAAGUGUGGGGGUACUAAGAAAGGCUGUGAAUCUGGAAAUACAGUUUAAAGAUUCCAUAUAAAAUGUUCAAUAUCAGAUAUAAAGAGCUUCAAAAUGUUUAAUACUAAACUAUUUGGAAAUAUACUUGCUAACUGUGUGUACACAAUAAAAUUUCAUGUUUUCUUCUCAGAAAAGGUCACUGAAACCAAACUGAAUCUCUUUUAUAGAAAACCAUCUAUGUGGGAUCAAUGUACUGGCCUCUUAUUAUUUCCAUGUGGCAGAAUGACCUAACUGCCAUUUGCCCCCAUCUUCACUGUGCUUACUGGGAAAUUAUUUUCCCAUUGAUUUCAUGAAUCUCCAUGACACUCUUGCCCAAUAUAGAAAAAUUUUUUGCUUGCUUAGUUGAUUAAAGAUUUAGUAUAAAUUUAACUGCUUAUGCUUAUUUCAUUUUCAUACUAGACUCCAUUUUAAUAAAUAAACAUUAGCAUAAUGUUUGAGUAGAUUUAUUGUCAAUAAUGCUAAAUUGAAAACUCAAAAAAAUGACUCCUUUGACCACUACUGAUUUGGUGUUAUGAAUAAUUAGACAAAACCCAUUAACCUAUUACUUAGGUAAGACAUUCAUACAAUAAUAUGUGGGAAAAUAUGAAUAACUUGUAAUUCCUAUUAGUUGACCUUAUAGACACAGUUUAUACCUAUCCCCAUGUACACACACCCUAAACCAACCUCACUUUCUGUUUUUGAUAAUAAACACUACUUGAGAUUUCUGUUCUCAAGACCUGGCUAGUGCUUAAAAUUAAGGCAAGAUUUAUUUUUGUAAAUGAUUGAGAUUUAUGUUAAUGUUUCCCUGUUUCGUUUUCCAAGAGUUGUCAGUUGUCUGUGAGAGAAUGCAUCAGUGUAAGUAGGUAUCCAUUGGCUUCUUCUAAUAUAUGUUUAGAUACAUGCAGAGGGGUCUUUGUUAUAUCUUUGAAUUGGUUAGGCCAUUUCCUUUGGGUCUGGUCUCACCUGUUGCAUGGGAAUUGGAAAGCACCAAUUGAACUGCAUGAACUAGGACCCAUGUAUCCAGAAGUACUGGUAUGUAUUUUUUGAUUUACAUACAGAGAGCUUGUGUUUCUUGACAUUUGUUGUGUUCACAGAUACAACGUAUCAAGUAAAAUACUCAUAUGAAAGCAUAUGGAAACCAUCAAUUAACUUUAUGUAACAAAAUUUGUAUCACCCCAAAUAGAGAGAAAUCUCUGUAAAUAAGUUGAUAAACUCAAUUUUCCCCUUUACCAUGCCAAAGAAAAUUUUAGCUCUUUGAUGAUACCUCUUUUGCUAAUUUUCUGGAAUAAGACCAUCAUUCCUUCCCUCAGAAACUAAGUUUGCUAUUAUUAUUAAAGUACAAUCUGUCAUUACUGAUGUUCUGUAUAGUAAAUCUGAUGGAACACAUUUGUAUUUAUAGACUGUGUGUUUUAUAUAUCCCUGUAUGUAUAUCCAUUGUACCACGUCUCUAGAAGACCCAUUCCUUCUGCAUGCAUGUCUCAUGGGGAAGGGUUAGUUCUACCACCCUGUUAUGGGUAGCUGAUUGCUUUGCCUAGCCAUCAACAGUGCUAAUUAAUAUUAGUCCUUUACAUAAUUCAAGUCACAGAAUUUUUGUUUCCAAAUAGGUUUACUUCCAGAAAUUUAUUAUUAUUUUCCCAGGUAAAAAUUAUGGAAGACACUCAAACAGUCUGUGAAGAAUAAAAGGGAAUUGGGCACACUUUUCUUAUAUAUUCUGGAGAAUGUAAAAUCUUAUUUUAAGUGUUUGCUUGGCAUGGAUGCUUUGGGGGUAAGGAAUAGAUCCAUAAAGUGUUUCAUGAAUUUUGCUCCAGUCUUUCUAAUUAUUGACUUCCUAGCAAGUAAUCAGAAUGUAUCAUACAUAACCACUUAAUUGGAUAUUAAACUACUAAACCAUCUUUUUUUUCUCCCUAGAGUGAUCAAUAUCAAAUUUGGUACCUUAAGCAAAAACUAAAACAGCAGGUCCUUUGUUCCCCCUUAAAGUAAAUAAGUAUUACUUUGUUAAAAAUUUCUCCCAAUAAUUAUGUGGAUAAAAGUUGUUUGAUAUCCCUCAAAAAAUGAGCUUGAGACAACAGUGGACACGGUUUGGUUCAAUUUAGAAGGAACUGAAAAUAGAAGGAAAUUAUUUUCAAAUUUUUUUCUUUAGGGAAUGACAAUAUCAUAGGGAGACAAUCAGGCUAAAUGCCCAAUUAUUUUCUGAAGUACAGACUUAUUCAAAUCCAGGAUGUGAAUUGUGUUCUUCUGAAAUAAACAACAUAGGUAGUUAAGGGUUUGGUUUAAAAAGUAACUCAAAAGGCUAGUUGAGCAUCUGGAAUACUACUUGGGCUUCAAAGUUGUGACAGUUGAGUUAGCAAAUUAGGACUGUGUUGCAUUUUUGUUUUCCUUUGUUCUUGGUUCUCAUUCUGUCUAAUUUUGAUAUCUAUUGGUGAAGUUGAGUUUGCAUUUGAACUGAUAGAGAUAAGCCAUUCCUUCCCUGGUGCUGCUGGAAUCCAGAUGAAUUCAGAAUUCCUUAAAGGCAGUAGGAACAAUGGUUCUCAUAUCUUGAGGACUUUUAUAACUUCCUUGGAGGGAUUCUUCACUAUUGGUUUGUUAAACAAGUAGGAGGAGGAUCACCACCAUUGGUGAACUUAAUGCCCCCUUUAUAGUUAUCAUGGGUCCCAGUGAAAUUUUUGAAAAAUUCACAAGCAAGUCAAAGAGAUUUGCUUAUCUUCUCCUAUUAAUUACAAAUUUGUUCUUGCUCAGCAUUUUCAAUGAGGUAGUUUCUAUUUUGGAAUGAAAGUAUAAAAACAUAUUUAGAUAGAGAAUAGAUUAUGUCUUUGCCUGUCACCAUCUUUCUUUGUUUUGUUUUUUAAACAAAAGUGUGUGGAAAUUUCACACACACACACACACACACACACAUACACACACACACACACACACACACACAAAUUGAAGCUUUUUUCCAAGUCUGUUUUCUAGGAAAAAGAACUGAUUAGAGUUUAGGUUACUGUAAUACAUAUACUACAGUUUCCUUCCAUAACCUGUAACAAUGCACUCCAGAACAUGGCCAACUACAACAUAUUUUCGUGUUGGACAAAAUUUAACAUAUCACAUUUUGACCUUAAUGGAAUAAUCACAUCUCCAAUGUCCUAACUCUAUUCUAAGAACACAUAUAUGCUAAGGAUAUUUCAACACUGUUACUUGUGAAGAUAUAAGAAAAGCAACACAUACUUUUGUGGUAGAUGUUACUGAUAAAAAAUAAAACAGAAAGAGAAUUAUAACAAUUUAAAAAAUACACCUGUGGUGAUGAAAGGGACCUGAAGGUAAUUCAGGGGAACAAAGUCUGAGAAGCUACCACACACAGCUGUGAUUAACGCCAGCCCAAAACCUGCUUAUGUAUGGCCGGAGAGCUCAGGAUGGAUUUUUAUUUAUUAACUACAAUUUUAAAAUAUUAAGCAAUUAAAGAAGAAACUCCUACAGUGGUUUAUCUAAUACACAUUGUUCACACCUUUGUAGAAGGCUAAGGCCUGCAGUAUGGAUAUCUGAAGGUCAUUAUACAAAGAUGGGAAGGUGACUCACUCUUAAUGUUUGGAUAUCAACAAACAUAUAAUCAGAACUGCUACUAAAUUAUUAUAAUUGGUUCGUUUCUGGGUUAAAAUGUAUAUAGAGAAGGGGAAAUAUAGAGAAGAGGAAAGAAUGCAAUCAUCCAUAUUCUACCUUAACUCCUAAUAUUUCCUUCGUUUUAUAAACUGAUGUUGUUUGCCAGCUUAGUAAUAGAAAUACAACCUAUAUGGCUGGGUCCCCUAAUCUCAGGAUAGAGGCAACAAUUUUAUAAAUAGGUUAAAUUCUCAGAACCUUAUUGUUACUAUAAAACCAGCACCAGUGAAAUUGACUCUUCAAAUACUUUUCAAUAUUUAGUUUUUUAAGUAAUACAGUGGAGGCAUGUUUUAUUUACUUUUGUUGACUUGACUGAUAAAGUCCAAGCCAUGACUCUAGAAUAUUUACAUUAUUAAUAUAAAAUUUGCAAGUAAAAAUUUCAUCUUAAAACAAUACAGAAAUGAUUUUGCUAUGUUAUUUUAGGAUUUUACAAAUAAUUCACAUUUAGGAAAAAGGUAUUUUUUUAGCUAUAAAUAAUGGUUGCUUCAACUAUGUGUAUAAGUAGAUCUAACUGUAUAUAUGCAAGGGAACCCCAGAUAUUGUACAUUUUCAUAAUUCAAUGUGAGUUUCAUACAGAACAAAAUUUCACCCAGAAAAUAAACAUUUUGUUCCUAUCGCUGAGUGAAUAUUUGUAAUUUUGAUUUAAGCUAUUUCUAGACUUUGGAAUCCACUUCUGAGCUUAUGAAAUAUGUGUCAUUCUUGUUGACCCUACCAUUUCUUUGAAGAAAAGAGAGUCUUUUAAGAGCAAGGAAUGCAGUAUAGGAUCCUAGUGUUUCUAGUUAACACUGUCUUUUUCAGAGGACACAUUACAUGAACUAAUUUGAGUAAAAAAAUGGAUUUCUUGUACGUGUAACCCAUGCCUAGUCUUAACAUGGUCUGUUAGUUCUUGGGAUCUAAAGUGCAUAUUCCAAUUCAUUUUUUCUAUUAUGAUUGUUUUCAGUGGGUGAAUAGAUAUUGACACAGAAUAUAAACAACUUAUGUCUCUAUUUAUUAAAAUGUCAAAUUGUACAUUUUUCAUUUCUUCCUGUAAGAGAUUCUUGUGAGUUUAAAGCCCUUUGAUCAGUCCAUCAUCACACCGUCAUAUGUGUUUGUUAUUAUUGUCCCAAUAUGCAAAUUCAGUCAUAUGGAAUCCUGAAAAACUCCAAAUGAUUGGUUUAUGUGAGAAUAAAUAUCAUCCUUAUAUUCUGA